CUCGCGAGUCCCGAGGACCAGGAGCGCACCGGAGGAGCGCCGGGGGACCGGGGUUACCGGGGCACCGGGGGUUACCGGGCCGCGUCCACAGCCUCCAGCCGGGCGGAGGAAGACAGCGUGACCGCCACCUACAGAUGACCGCCGGGACCCGCCUCCUCAUCGGCCGGCUCUCUCCAGGCUGACGGCGGCAGGUCGGGUGGUUCCGGGCCGGCGGCGGAGCGCCGUACGGGUGUGAGGAGGAGUGACCUCGUCUGGAGUGUCUUCACUCCGAGCAGGGCGGAGCUGUUUCUUCACUCUGACUCUGUUUUCCUGCAAACAAGUCGGGAUCUGCAGCGGGUUGAGAGGCGAUGACCUAAUUCAGCUCCAGAGACCUCAGGCUGAUAAGUCGCCGCCGCCGCCGCCUCUCCGGGUGAUGGAACACAAUCACAAGCGUGCUCUUAUCGUGGCGGCUGGAGUGUGUGAGGUUACAUGAGCGUUGCUGUUUCUCAGAGAGCCGGUUGAUGCUGCAGGCCGCCAUGCUGCGGCGCGGCCUGCUGACCUGGGCGUCCCGCGUCGCCGCCCUGCUGGUGCUGCUGUGCUGCUGCCUGUCGCUGCUCUACGUGAUGACCUGCAGCCCGCCGCACUCCGACGACCCCCCGCUGAGCCACGCCCUGCCCCGCGCCGGGCCCGACCGCCCGGGGGGGGCGGGGCCGGGGAUGGGACCGGGGGCCGGCGGGACGGGCGGCGCCGGGGCGGGCCCCGCCCAGAGCGGCGGCCCGCCGGCGGCCCGCUCCUACCAGGCGCUGCUGCAGGAGCGCGAGGAGCAGCACCGCCUCCACAUCUCCUCCCUGAAGAGGCAGAUCGCCCAGCUGAAGGAGGCGCUGCAGGAGCGCAGCCAGCAGCUCCGGGGGGUCCAGGACAGCCUGAAGAGGCCGGACGGCGGCCCCGCCCCGCCGGGCGCCGCCGGCCUCGGGGAGGCCCCGGGAGCCCGGAGCCAGCAGGCCGACCUGCAGGAGUUCCUGAAGGCGCAGCUGCUCCGGGCGGAGGUGAGCGCCGGCGCCCGGCUGCCCAGCGAGUACGCCGUGGUGCCGUUCGACAGCUUCACGCUGCAGAGGGUGUACCAGCUGGAGACCGGCCUGACCCGCCACCCCGAGGAGAAGCCCGUCCGCAGGGACAGGCGCGACGAGCUGGGGGAGGUGCUGGAGGCCGCCCUGCGCGCCCUCAACUCGCCGGCGGAGAAGGGCCCCGCCGGCAAGGAGUUCGCCCCGUCCGACUUCCUGGAAGGCAUCACGCGCACCGAGCGGGACAAGGGCACGCUGUACGAGCUGACCUUCAGAGGCGGGUCCAGCAGCCAGUUCCGGCGCCUGGUGCUGUUCCGGCCCUUCGGCCCGCUGAUGAAGGUGAGGAGCGAGAGGCUGGACACGGCCGCCGUCCCCAUCAACAUCGUGGUCCCGCUGUCCCGCCGCACCGACAAGUUCAGGCACUUCAUGCACAACUUCAGGGAGGUGUGUGUGCGUCAGGACGGCCGGGUCCAUCUGACAGUGGUGUAUUUCGGGACGGAGCAGAUGAGUGAAGUCCGCAGCACUCUGGAGAACACGUCCAGAGAGGCCAACUUCAAGAACUACACGCUGCUGCAGCUGGACGAGGAGUUCUCCCGGGGGCGGGGCCUGGACGUCGGCGCCCGGGCCUGGAAGGGCGGCGACGUGCUGCUCUUCUUCUGCGACGUGGACAUCUACUUCACCGCCGACUUCCUCAACUCCUGCCGGCUCAACGCACAGCCCGGUAAAAAGGUGUUCUACCCGGUGCUGUUCAGCCAGUACAACCCGGCUCUGAUCUACGGCAGCGCAGAGCACGUCCCGCCUGUGGAGCAGCAGCUGGUGAUAAAGAAAGACACCGGCUUCUGGAGGGACUUUGGGUUUGGCAUGACCUGCCAGUACAGGACGGACUUCAUCAACAUAGGAGGGUUUGACAUCGACAUCAAGGGCUGGGGCGGCGAGGACGUCCACCUGUACAGGAAGUACCUGCACAGCGGCCUGCUGGUGGUGCGGGCGCCGUCGCGCGGCCUCUUCCACCUGUGGCACGAGAAGCGCUGCGCCGACGAGCUGCCGCCCGACCAGUACCGCAUGUGCAUGCAGUCCAAGGCCAUGAACGAGGCGUCGCACGGCCAGCUGGGCAUGCUCUUCUUCAGGCACGAGAUCGACGCGCACCUGCGCCGCCAGCGGCAGCGGCCGGACGCCGCCGCCAGGAAGACCUGAGGAGCCGGGGCUCCUCCAGACACACCCAGACUGGGUACCCCUCCUCCUGGGGGGACGUCCUCCUGGGGGGACGUCCUCCUCGGGGUGAGCCAGUCUCUACAGGCAGCUGGGGAGACAUGCAGCACAUCUGGACACCCCUGCUUCACAGUGGACUGGUCUCUGGUUCCAUUACAGAAACGAACAACAGCACCCCCUAGUGGACCAACGUGAAAACGACGUUUCUGCUGUUUCCAUGGGAACACAUCGUUUUCAAAACGUUGUCGUGUAAAAGUGAAGCAUUUCUGAAACGAAGCGUGUUCUCUUGAGAUGUGUUGUAAUCCAGCCUGAGUGAGACUGUGUGUGUGUGUGUGUGUGUGUGUGUGUGUGUGUGUGUGUGUGUGUGUGUGUGUCUGGAGGAAAGCUAUGGCUGCCAGAGUUCAGACCCAGCAUAUGGCUGCUCUGGAAUCGAACCGUUGCUCUGCAGCCGUCUUUCCACUCACCAUACACAGUGCUCCCUUCUGGGUUCUUCUUCUGUUAUUUGACUCGUUGCGGGAUGAAUGGAUGAAAUCCACUCUUCAUCAGUCCCUCCACUGGCAGCAGUUUGCUUUCAGUGUCUUGCUCAAGGGCACUUCAACACUUUCUGACGUGUCUGCGGAGCCACAGGUUGGGCCUCCUCAUGAGAGCCUCCGGUGAGCAGCCUGCAGGGCGGACUGUGGAGAAACGGCUCCCCCAGUGGACGGAAGGUGAACUGCAUGUGAAGGACUCCUUGACAAGUUGAUCCACGUUCCUUUAUUCAUGUUUGGAGAAAUGAGGCAGUCUUGAGUUCGCCUCCCUGGGCAGUAUAUAAUUCAUCUUUAUAAUGAAGUGAAAGAAAAACAGACGUUUCUUCAACGUCUCUGUUCAUGUCCACAGAACAGAUUUAAUUCAGGAUAGUUGAUUUGAUUUCAUAAAUGACAUGUUGACAAUGACUGAACCAGUCAGAGAGAAGCUAUUGAUUGAAUUACAUGUUUAAUUUUAUUGGUGACAGUGAGUCAAAUGACCCACGGUGCAAUAAUAAAGACAGACACCCUGCAGUCAGUCAGUGCCAGCUGUCUGAUGCUGUCUCACUCUUUUCUGUUCUCUCUGUGUUUGGAGCCGUUCAGGCCUGUUUGCUCCUCAAGCUUUCCUUCAUAAUUUCAUCCCAUCAUGUAAAACACCUAAAUAAACUGCUUUAUUUGUG